AUCUACAUACUGGGAGAGUAGCAAGCACGGUUCUUGUCAAGAUGAGCAACAGUCGGUGAUACCAUUUCGGGUUAAACACACUGUGAAGGUUGAAUUGUGACAUUGUUGGAAGCUAUAUUUCAUCUUGAGCAAUAAUGACCGGACCACCCCCACCCAUUGGUUUUAUCCAUAACUACAUGCAGUCUGGUCAACCUACGGGAUUCGAGCUAUCCUACGGAUUUCCCAUGCCUCAAACAAUAGAACAGCCAUCGUCACCACCACAACCAUCAUCAUCAUCAUCUUCCAGUUCCUCGGACGAGGAGAAAGAAACAUUGCAACCAACCAUUGUAUCUCAAAGUACCACCGUUCAAGAUGAAUUAGUCGGAGGCUGCUGGCAACACUGCACCCUUGAGGGACCCUUCCCCGCCAACAUGGUCCGGGCUGGAGUGGACAGUGAUGGGGCGACAAUCUUCGCCGGUCGUGCCUUCCACGAGGGUGAGAUGAUUCCUGCCAAGGUGAUCCCAUCGAAAAAUCUGGCCUUCAUCUGCUACGGCGGGGAGGAAGUGCUCAAGGAGGACUUUGAGGUGCUUCGAUCGGGCGACUUCGUGUGGGAAUUUGCCGCCAAUGGAGUCAUUCCCGAUGGUGCGGUAAAGAUUGGUGCCACCAUCGAUGGAGAGCCACUGUACAUGGGGCGGGCGUUGCACAGCGGAACCCAAACGCCGGGAAAGGUUCACUCCUCCCAUGGAUGUCUGUACAUUCCAUUUGAUGGGGCCGAGAUCAGCUACUGCGAGUAUGAGGUACUAUGCCUCAAGUAAGAAGGGGACGAUGGAAUCGUUUGGAUGAGAUAAGAUGCUGUCGUGGGAUGUUUGGGUUAUCAAUAAACUAUAUUGUUGCUUUGGAA